GAUCGAAGACAAUAGAUUUGUUAAUGUGUUAUCAUGAUGUUAAAUCGAUUUAUUGCCCUAAAAAAUAUUAAUUUGCGCUUUUUUACUAACGGGAUAAAUCCGUACAAGCAUUUAUUAAAACCAAUCAAAAUCGAAUCCAAGGAAUGUCAAUAUUAUGAUGUUGGAAGUUUUGGCACAAAAUAUGACAAAUUACCAUUUUCCAUUCGAAUUCUCUUGGAAAGUGCUGUGCGCAAUUGUGAUGGCUUUCAAGUAACAAAAAGUGAUGUUGAAAAAAUUCUGGAUUGGGAAAAUAAUCAAGCCCUUGAUAAUGGAGUUGAAGUGGCUUUCAAGCCAGCAAGAGUUUUAUUGCAGGAUUUUACUGGAGUACCAGCAGUUGUGGAUUUUGCUGCAAUGAGAGAUGCUGUGAAGAAACUUGGUGGCAAUCCUGAUAAGAUUAAUCCAAUCUGUCCAUCAGAUCUUGUAAUUGAUCAUUCGAUACAAGUCGAUUUCACAAGGAGCCUUGAUGCUUUAAAGAAAAAUGAAGAACUUGAAUUUGUGAGAAACAAGGAACGUUUUAUGUUUCUCAAAUGGGGCGCAAAAGCGUUUGAAAAUAUGUUAAUAGUACCUCCUGGAAGUGGUAUUGUGCAUCAGGUGAACUUAGAGUACUUGGCGAGAGUUGUAUUUGACUCCAACACUCUCCUGUAUCCUGACAGUGUAGUUGGUACUGAUUCUCACACCACUAUGGUUAAUGGUUUGGGUGUACUUGGAUGGGGAGUCGGUGGUAUUGAAGCAGAAGCCGUUAUGCUUGGUCAAGCGAUUUCUAUGUUAAUACCAAAAGUUGUGGGAUACAGAUUAGAUGGUAUGAUGAAUCAAUAUGCUACAUCCACUGAUCUUGUCCUUACUAUCACAAAGAACCUUCGGCAAAUCGGAGUAGUCGGAAAGUUUGUUGAAUUCUUCGGACCGGGUGUGGCACAAUUAAGUAUCGCAGACCGUGCUACUAUAUCCAAUAUGUGUCCAGAGUAUGGCGCAACCGUGGGCUUUUUCCCAGUGGAUGAACAAAGUUUAUCGUAUCUCAGACAAACAGGUCGAUCCGAAGAACAUAUUAGUAGAAUUAAGAAGUAUCUUUCAAGCGUACGAAUGCUAAGAAAUUAUGACGACCCGAGUCAGGAUCCAGUCUUUUCCGAGAUGGUCACUUUGGAUUUGAGCACUGUAGUUUCGAGUGUCAGUGGACCUAAGAGACCUCACGAUAGAGUUUCAGUGUCCGAUAUGCAAAUAGAUUUCAGAAACUGUCUCGUAAACAAGAUUGGCUUCAAAGGCUUUGGUUUGAGUCCUGCAAAAGUGAAUACUGUAGGAAAGUUUAAAUUUGAAGAUAAAGAUUAUGAACUGAAGCAUGGUUCAGUGGUUAUCGCGGCUAUUACUAGUUGUACAAAUACUAGCAAUCCCAGCGUUAUGCUUGGAGCAGGUCUUCUUGCUAAAAAAGCAGUGGAAGCUGGUUUGAGUGUCCAGCCAUAUUUAAAAACAUCAUUAUCACCUGGCUCUGGAGUGGUUACUUAUUAUCUCGAGGAAAGUGGAGUGAUUCCAUAUUUAUCAAAAUUAGGAUUUGACAUUGUUGGCUAUGGAUGUAUGACCUGUAUUGGAAAUAGCGGGCCGCUUCCUGAUGCUAUAAUCGAAACCAUCGAAAAGAAUGAACUCGUUUGCUGUGGAGUUUUAUCAGGCAAUAGAAACUUUGAAGGUAGGAUCCACCCGAACACCCGUGCAAAUUACCUAGCAUCCCCGCUUUUGGUAAUAGCUUAUGCUAUCGCUGGUACCGUGGACAUCGACUUUGAGAAGGAACCGCUAGGUCACAAGCCCGACGGCACCCCGGUAUUUUUGCAAGAUGUAUGGCCGACCAGAGCGGAAAUUCAAGCUGUGGAGCAGAAAUAUGUCAUUCCAGCCAUGUUCAAAGAAGUCUAUGGCAAAAUCGAACAAGGUAGCAGCAAUUGGGCGAGUUUGACAGCGCCGCAUGGUAAAUUGUAUCCGUGGGACAUUAAUUCUACGUUCAUUAAAAGUCCACCCUACUUUGAUGACUUGCAGAAGGAGCUGCCUGAGAUAAAGCCGAUCACGAAGGCACGAGUACUCGUGAAUCUUGGAGAUUCCAUUACAACCGAUCACAUCAGCCCGGCGGGUAGUAUUGCACGUAAUUCACCAGCGGCGAGAUAUUUAGCAAGUCGUGGCUUGACACCGAAGGAGUUUAAUUCGUAUGGGGCACGCAGAGGAAACGACGCCGUGAUGGCGCGGGGAACAUUCGCUAACAUUCGUUUGAUGAAUAAAUUCAUUGGCAAAGCAGGACCACGAACAAUUUACAUUCCAACUCAGGAAGAGAUGGACGUAUUCGAUGCGUCUGAGAAAUACGCAAAAGACGGCACACCUCUUAUCGCUUUAGCCGGUAAGGAAUACGGAUCAGGAUCUUCCAGAGAUUGGGCCGCCAAAGGACCUUACCUGCUUGGUAUCCGUGCGGUCAUAGCCGAAUCAUAUGAAAGAAUACACAGGUCCAAUCUUGUGGGCAUGGGCAUUGUUCCAUUGGAGUAUCUUCCUGGAGAAAAUGCAGAGUACUUAGGAUUAACGGGUCACGAGCUAUACAACCUUUCCAUCCCCCCGAAUGUUCAACCCGGACAAAAGAUUACCGUAUUCACAGACGAUGGCAAAGAGUUUAAAGUAAUUGUACGAUUCGAUACGGAAGUUGACUUGACUUACUUCAAGCAUGGCGGUAUUCUCAAUUAUAUGAUUAGAACAAUGCUUUGAUCAGAUUGUUAAAGAAAGAAAGAAAAGAGAGAGGGAGUUUAUAAAUGGCUCUCUUAGAAGGUUACUUAACGAGAUACUUAAUGUUGGUUUCGGGAUGUAAAAUACGAUAUCUCUUUUAAACAAGAUAGAGAUUCAAAUACGUGAAGAAAACAGAUAAGUUAUGAUAUUCUUAUUCUAACAAGACGGCUAUUGUUUUUGUUGUUAUGAACGAUCAACACAAAUGUAAUAUUUGUGUAAAGCAAUGAUUGAUAUAUUUAUUCCAUAACAUCAUAAAUUUUAUUUAUACCUGUUAUUUUGCAAAACGUAAUAGGUUUUGGUGCAUUUAAAUGCUGCAUGAAACUUAUUGAUCUUGAAAAGCAAACUUGUUUUUGCCGUGUUGUUAAAAAAAUAUAUUUUUUUUAUAUUUCGUAAUCGCGCGUUAUAUUUACUACAUUUGCAUGGGGAAAAUUAUUGUCUUUGCUUUUGUGUAUGUAUUGCAAUAAUAAUAAAUUGUUGCAGAAUUGUUGCAGUA